GGAUUGGGUCCAACAAUGAAGUGCUCGCGGACUUUGUGGACUACAGGUGGUCUUUCCUGGUGGUCCAAGUCAGGUCGGGAGGACAGAUGCCAAAUCCCGCCCGGCCCGCCUCUUGCUCCGCCUCCCCGCUGGGAUCCUAAUGACAGGGGGACGGACGGCGGGAUUUGUCGGACAACAGCGGCGGCUGCGUGGCUGCUGGCGAUGAGCUCGCCGCCGGACGCCUUUGAGGGACCGGCAGCCGCUCGUGCCCUCGCCACACGCCUCCUGCUAACUCCUGCGUUUGCUCGUCCAACAUGGACGGGACAAAAUGGACGCCGGCGGACCGCCGCCCAUCAGAUGUACCUGUGUGACUGUCUGCUCUUUAUCUGUCUGCUGGUCAUCAAUGUCAACCAACACUACGCAGAGGAGAACACACACCAGCAGCAUGCAGACGGGUCCAGGGCAGGCGCGUCAAAGCUGGGCGUGAAGAUGGACAACGAAGUCAUGGAGCCAAAGAGGAGGAAUUUUCCAGUCAGUGUCUCUCCUUUGGAGCGUCGGUCCGUCGGCGUCGCGGCCAGCAAACAAGCUUCGAGCAGCAGUAGACAAGUCAUUGAGUUGCCACAGCGACGGCUGCGUCUCCCACCCAUGGACAGGAUCGGAAUGCAACACCUGCCAAACAAGAGAGGAUAGGCUACAAGUACAAUAUAAUGUAAUGUAAUAAUAUAUAUACACUAGUGAUUUAGGGCUAUAUAAGUAAACAUUGAUUGAUUGAUAUAUAUAUGUGUAUAUAUAUAUAUAUAUAUAUAUAUAUGUAUAUAUAUAUAUAAAUAUAUAUAUAUAUGCUGUAUAUGUUUAUAUAUAUAUAUAUAUGUGUGUGUGUACAUAUUAUACAUAUAUAUAUUAUUAUAAAAUAAUAUGAUACAUAUUUAAUAUAAUGGAUAUAUAAUUGGAUAGUAAGAGUAUGUGAAAGUUUGACUCCUACCUUGUUUACUUCCGUGACGACCUUCUUAAAGUUUUGUAAUCAAUCAGAAACAUCAAGCAGCUAAAAUGCAUCAAACAUGGAUAAGUGUGGAGAGUGUUUUGCAUUUUUCCCCAUCGUGCACUCUAAUGGAUGAUCAGUGUAAUUUAAAAAAAUGUUUUUAUGUUUUUGGGAUGUUUUUCAUAAUACCUGCAAUAUUCAGAGGCAGGUUGUGUUAUAUAUGUGUUGACAUUUAUGUUAUAGUUUUGGACCAUGACUAGGGAAGGUUGUUUGGAUUGUGUCAUAUAAGUAAAUGCUGAGUUAUUACCACAAAGUACUUUCAAGGGUUAUUGGUAAGAUUUAAUCACAUUGUCCACAAGAUAGCAGCAAACAUGUAACCUUCAGAAGCACAAAUCCUGAUGCUUUGUUGAACACAUAAUAUCUCGCCAUAAUUAGGACUACUACUACUACAACCUCAGGGUAAUCCCCCAUUAGGACAAGUGAGGUAGUGUAGCAUGCCUUCCCUUCAUAUGACCAUUAAUAAUCAAGGGUGAUUGUCUUCUGUUUAUCAGACCCCCCCCCCUGAGCCACACCCACCACCUGUCAAUCAACCAUCCCACUCUUCUAUACUUUCAAUCUCAAAAUGUGGCUGUAUGAAACACAUAAAUAUUGAAUAAACAGACCCCCCCGUCAUUAAGAAUAGAUAUUUGUGGUGGCGGGAGGGCAAGGUGUCACUGUCUAAUUUGCAUAAUUGGCUAAGACGUAUUUUACAAAAUGCUAAAAAAGACAAGUCUUAUGUUGAGUUUCAUAUUUUUCUUCUUUCAUUUCUGCUGUUUUUUAAAUUGUAUAUCAUUUCUAGUGUGCCUAUAAUAACAGGCUUCCUGUUAAGCCAUUUUUUUUUUCAAAUAAAAUGUUUAUUUGUGGCAGUCCAGAUGUAUUCAUGGCAGGCCGCCACAAAAAUUAAAAAAUAUGAGGGGAAAAUGUUCAAUAAAACAUCCAACAUCUUUAAAAUUAAUCAAUAUAUUUAAGUUACAUCCUUUUCUUGACCAGAACAGAUUUUAAUAAAUAUUGUGUGUAAAUAUUAAAGUUGCGGAGUCAA